AUGCAGUCAAAUGGAUUGAAAUCAAUAAUAUUCUGCAAAUUUCUAGGCAGCCACAUGGAUGAGCCGCUGGAUGUUAAGGCCAUCCGAAGGAAAACCACUGGAACUGGAAGGAUGAGGUAUCUGCGCAAUGUUCCUCGCAGAUUCAAGAGUGGCUUCAGAGAAGAGGAAGCUAAAGAAGAAGGAAGUGAAUCGGAUCACCCUGUUGCUGUUGGUGAGGAAGCAUGA